GACCUUAAUCCCCAAUACUUUUGAUGAGUCUAUUCCUGAUUUUGAGACUGCCUUAGACCCAACUACUAACAGGCCUGUACCACGCUGUGGUGGGCGUCCAUAGGUUCGGAGAUGGCUACAUCGUCACAAUGAAGAUCAAAUCUCCAAAGGACGACUUGCUUCCCGACCCGAACCCCGUGGAGCAGUUCUUCCAGGGGAACUUCCCGGGCAGCGUGCAGAGGGAGAGGCACCACAACCUGCUCCAGUUCCAGGUCCCCUCCUCCUCCCUGGCCAGGAUCUUCCGGCUGCUCAUCUCCCACAGGGACAGCCUGCUCAUCGAGGAGUACUCGGUCACACAGACCACGCUGGACCAGGUAUUUGUGAACUUUGCUAAGCAGCACACUGAAACUCACGACCUCCCUGAGCUGCGACCUCCCCUAGCUGCUGGAGCCAGCGGACAAGCCAAGGUCUGACCUCCUCCCACACUGCCGUUCUCUGCAGCAGGAAAGGAGCUCUGGGCAGCGGGAAGUGCAGGAGCCUCUGCCACGUGGCCGCCCAAGCCGACCAGCCAGCCUCAGUAAGGCCUCGGCAGCAGGAACGAACACGUGGGCACACACAGAUCCCCAAAGGGGCUUUCUCAGAAGGAAGCCGAAUGGGACACCUGAUGGUGAAAGUGACCCUCCUCAUCCACACCACAGAGGUAGAAGCCCACUGCAUCCUACUGGGAGCUUUGAUCUGGACAUCACUCUCACGUCAAGUGGAUCUGCUUUUCUGUAUGUGUAUGUGCGUCUGUUUUAUUUUUAAGGAAAAAAUAAAAUGCAAACGU